AUGGCCUCACCAAUCAUUUGGCGUGAAUGCGUCGACACGGGAGGCAUGACUACGCUAAUUGGCGACGCUAGGGAUUUUCAGGAGUAUGUGUUCACUUACUACGGCCAGUUGUCACAAUUCACCAGUCAGAAGCUCCUGCAGAUAGCCGAGGAAAACCAACGAUGGACGGAGGAAACUGUCGCCGCAAAUGUUGUCAAAAAGGUGAUGCAGAAAAUGCAUCCAGUCAUAACAAUAGUCGGUGCUGAAUCGCCCACGGCCGCCAGACUUUGCAUGAUGCUUGCAAUGGCGCGGCAAAGUGACGAUGAAGGCAAAGUGAGUCUUUGCCUGUUCCCGGGAAACCUGAAAAACCUCCAAGCGAUCAAGGGGCUAAAAGAAACCCUGGAAGAAUCGGCUUGUUGGGGAGUUCGCACGGUUAAAAUAUCCACAGGUAUAGCCGAUGCCGUCUCUGAUGCCUCAGUGGUGGUUAUCUUGGACGUAGUGCCAAGACAGCAGGAGGUCAUAGUGGACGGCGUCGCCAGACCCCGUGAGUCGCGCGCUGAUUGGCUGAAUCGGCGAUUUGCUUUCUUCUACAAGCUGGGCGAGCACCUUCAGACCUACGCGCAGCCGAGCGUGAAGGUCAUCGUAGCCGGAUCCUUGCAGCUAUUUGAGGGCGCAGAGUCAGUGGCUGCGCCUCUCAAUUUCGACGUUCAGUCAUUGCACGUUGCGUGCAAGGAUAAGAUCCCAGUGAACAACAUAGUUGGGCUGCCACGCGCCCUGGAGUAUCGCAUGAAGGCUGCGAUCGGACGCCAACUUGGUGUACACCGCUGCGAUCUCGUUGAUUUAAUUUUGUGGGGCAACAUUGACAAUUGCUUUUUUGCGGACAUUUCGCAGGCACGAGUGUACCGGCGUCACGGCCAAGCCGACAGCGAGACCGGACCCGCGUGGUUCAAUCUGGCAGCAGAACCGCUGAUCUUCGACAAGGAGGCGCUCUAUUCGAAGGUGCUCCCGAGCGCCCUGGAAGAGCUGAAGUCGCCUAGCACAAACCAGGCUGCUCUGUGCCAUGCAUCUGCGAUUUUCAGCUUCAUCGACGAGUGGCACUUUGGCCACCCGCAUCCCCACGAGAUGAUCGCCUCGUUAGUCGUCUCAUCAGUUGGUCUCUACGGACUGCCGACCGGAAUGGCCUUCUCCUUUCCCGUCACCCUGCGACCACAAGGGCGUUUCGAGAUUUGCCAGGACAUUGUCUGCGAUGUGGACAAAAAACGCGCUUUGGAGGAGUGCAUUCGUAGAAUCACGAGAUGUUCCGUUGGUCCAGUGCAAGCCGACGUACGAGGCAAGGGCAACACUGGAAGCAGUCGAUCGAAGUGCGAACUUUUUCUGCUUAAAGCAGCCUCCUCUGAUUCAAACGAUUAUGUCCUUAAGGAGGACGUGGUAUUAGCGUUCCACAACGAGAUAGAAGCGAUUGGUGUGUCCAUGCGGAACACUAUGCCCUUCUCAUCGCUUCCAAAUGACGCUCUCACUGAUUGGUCAGUUGUGAAUCCAGUUCCACUGAGUAAUUUCCUCAAGUCAGUUGUCACGGUGGAGGGUGAGGUCAGUGGCCACGGGACCGAUGACUCAUCGCUCUCGGGCCCAACUGCCUUCUACACACCGCUGCGCACCGCCCACCCGGUCGACCACCAGGUCCGCCUCAGUCCGAGGACCGCCGCCGACACCAAACUCGCCCUCCCGGCGUCACCGUCGAAGUGA